AUGCAGACCUUGUCUGAUUCCGUUAAUGCUUCAGUUACUCCACUCGGCUUUCUUUUCUCUGCUGAGGAUUGCCCUCUUAAGGCAGGUGAUGUAAUUUUUGGCAAAUCUCAGGCGAAAGACGAUGCCAGCACCACCAGCAACACUGUUACCGAUGCCAGUGCCGCCGAGAAUUCAUGCUGGACACCCUCGUUGUCUGCCUCUCUUUAUAAGAUUGAUAAAUGGGGGCCUCCAUACUUUUUUGUCAAUUCCUCUGGAAAUAUAUCAGUCCGCCCACAUGGCUCAUCGACCCAUCCUCAUCAAGAGAUUGAUUUAUUGAAGAUUGUGAAGAAUGUUACUGAUCCAAAAUCUUUCGGUGGUCUUGCGUUGCAGCUUCCUCUCAUUAUUCGACUUCCAGAUGUACUCAAGGACCGGCUUGAGUCUAUUAACUCGGCCUUCCAACGUGCAAUCCAGUCUCACGGAUACCAGUCUGAUUAUCAAGGUGUUUACCCAGUGAAGAGCAAUCACGACCGCUUCAUUGUGGAGGACAUUGUGAGAUUCGGCUUCUCUUUUCGUUUUGGGUUAGAGGCAGGAUCAAAGGCUGAGCUCCUCCUCGCUAUGACUUGUUUGUGUGAAGGUAAUCCUGAGGCUUUUUUCAUUUGCAAUGGGCAUAAAGACUCUGAGUAUAUCUCUUUGGCCUUGAUUGCAAGGAGGCUCGCCUUGAAUACCUUUAUCGUUCUCGAGCAAGAAGAGGAAACUGAUAUUAUUAUUGAGCGGAGCAAGAAGCUUGGCAUUCGGCCUGUGAUUGGUGUUCGAGCUAAAUUGAGGACAAAACAUUCUGGCCUUUAUGGGUCAGCAUCAGGCGAGAAAGGCAAGUUUGGGCUAACCACGGCUCAAAUUCUGAAGGUUGUGAGAAAGCUUGAAAAAGUGGGUAUGCUUGAAUGCCUUCAGUUGCUGCAUUUUCAUAUAGGUUCUCAAAUUCCUUCAACAACAAGUGUCAAUGAUGGCGUCAGAGAGGCUACGCAGAUCUAUUGUGAAUUAGUUCGACUGGGUGCUCACAUGCAAGUCAUCGACAUCGGAGGUGGUUUGGGCAUAGAUUACGACGGUUCUAAGUCAAACCAUUCUGAUCUUUCUGUUGGAUAUACCAUUGAUGAAUAUGCUGCAACUGUUGUUCAAGCAAUUCGACAUGUUUGUGACGUCAAUUCCAUCAAACACCCUGUAAUUUGCAGUGAAAGUGGUAGAGCUAUUGUGUCUCAUCAUUCCAUUUUGAUCUUUGAGGUUAUUUCUUCUGACAUAUAUGAAGCACCGAUCUUGUCCGCCUCCGAACUGCAGCAUUUAGUUGAUGGGUUAUCAGAGGAUGCUCGUGCUGAUUAUCAUAAUCUAUCACGUGCAGCUGUGAAAGGCGACUAUGAAACUUGUUUGUAUCACACGGAGCAAUUAAAGCAACGAUGUUUUGAACAAUUCAAUCAAGGGUCUUUUAGUAUUGAACAGCUUGCUGCUGUAGAUGGUUUGUUUGGGUUGGUUCAGAAAGCAGCUAGUUCAAAUGAUCCAGUUCGACCUUACCAUGCAAAUCUCUCUGUGUUCGCGUCCAUUCCUGAAUCCGUUGGAGUAGGACAGUUAUUUCCUAUAGUUCCCAUUCAUCGCUUAGAUGAACGGCCAACAGUAAGAGGGAUCUUGUCAGAUUUAACAUGUGACGGUGGCGGGAAGAUAGACAAGUUCAUAGGAGAAGAACGUAGCCUGCCCCUCCAUGAAUUAAAGGACGAUGAUGUUGGAAAAUACUGCGUGGGAAUGUUCCUAGGAGGGGCUUACCAGGAGUCAAUAGGUGGGCUUCAUAACCUUUUUGGGGGGCCCACUGUUGUUCGAGUGCUACAGACAGACAACAUGGAUAGGUUUACGUUGACGCAUGCAAUGCCAGGGUUGUCGUGUGGCAACCUCCUUGAAGUUAUGCAAUACAAGCCGCAACUCAUGCUUGAGACCUUAAAACACAGAGUCCAACAGUUUGUGGAGGAAGAGAAUGGCGAUCAAAGUGUGGCUUCUGCUUCAGAAUUGGCUACUCAACUAGCUCGCUCCUUCAACAACAUGCCUUAUUUGGUCCCAUCAUCUCUUGAGGAAUAA